AUGCUUUCAACAUUUAUACUCUGCAUAGCUAUCAUAAAACUGUUUGUUCUGUACACAGACAGAAGAAGUGCUGCGCAUGCUCCUCCUUAUGAAAGUUUCCGUAGAAGACCACGUGAUGACUCACAGGUACGACGAGGCUCACUUGAUAGGGGACGUACAGGUUAUGAGAAGCGGCGCAGUUGGUCCCCUGACGAUUACGGCUCAAGUCUUGACACAUUUUCUCCUGUCACAUUGACUGUCUCAAGCUUCUUUAAGCAAGAAAGUGAUAAGCUGAGUGAUGAAGAUUUGUACAAGUUUCUGGCUGAUAUGAAGAGGCCGUCAUCAGUGCUAAAACGGCUCAAGGCUAUACCAGGCAUUCUUAAGUUGGAUGCAUUGCCCUGUCCUGAGGAAGUUGUUUGCUCACGUACUCCAGAGUUAUAUAAAAUUGCUCCUUUUCCUGAAGAUAGGCUAAAAGAUAAUUGGGAAACUAAAGAAGUUUUAGAAUUCCCAUCAAAAGAGGUUUAUAUACCAUACACAACUUACAGAAAUUUGUUAUAUGUUUAUCCAAAGCAUCUAAACUUUGUAAACCGUCAAGGCUCAGCAAGAAACAUUGCUGUAAAGGUGCAAUACAUGACUGGAGAAGAUGACAGUGAUGCUUUGCCUUGGCUGCCUAUUCUACGUGAUGGGCGCUUAGCUGUUGGCGAAUUUCAGUUACCUGUCUCCAUGGAAAAAUUGCCUCGUUUAUAUUCCAUACAUUCUGAUAAUCAAAACAUAAAAUGGAUUGACAGCCAUAAAUCUCUCUUUUCUGUCACUAUUCAUUCAGUCUCAUCUAUUCAUACGCAGGAAGAGAAUUUGGAUCAUUUCUUGAAUUUAUGUCACUCAGCUCAGGAGCAGAAACUGAAUCCUCUUUUCUGUUUGGGAAGUCCCACUGGUCAGUAUGCUACCUUAGGUCGUCCAUCAUCGCUGCCAGUUUCCAAGCAGGGUUAUCAACGAAGCAGCAGUGAUCCCGACCUGACAGGCAGCACUCCUACUACACCUGACAGUGAAGUUGCUGGAAUAUUCUCAUUUGCGAAAGGCCUACUGGAUCGUACUAGCAGUAUGCGAGGUGCUGAAUAUGGCACAUCCACAUUCCCUAAAGUCAGGGGCAAGAAGCUUGUCCAUGAGGAACUUGCCAUCCAGUGGGUAAUGGCAAGUGGAUCAAUCCGAGAAGCAACUCUUUCCAAUGCUUGGUUCUUCUUGGAACUUAUGGUUAAAGGAAUGGCUGAACAUCUUGCAAAGACUGACAAACUUAAUGCUCCUCGAGCAAUGAGAUUCAGUGACCAUUUCUUGGAAGAUGUUUGUCAGCUGGUGCGAAACCUCAUUAAGGACAUAGUUGACCGGUUUAUGAAGAUGGCCAAUCAAAUUGCCAUGCUGCCAGAUGCAACUAUUUUAAUGAUGCUGCGGUUGGAUUUCUUGCGUAUCCUUUGCAGUCAUGAGCAUUACUUUGCUCUGAAUUUGCCGUUUGGGACACCAUUGACUCCUUCAGCACCAUGCAGCCCUUCACCUAGUGUGGCAAGUACCAAUUCACAAAUGUCUUAUGCAUCUACUAACACACUCACCGAUAAAGGCAUUUUCUUUGAUCUGACUACGGAAUUUCGGCAACAGCAUUUCCUCGCUGGCCUUGUCCUUUCUGAUCUUGCAGCUGCUUUUGAUACUCAUAACCCAGCUAUCCACCACAAAGCGAUUAAUGUUGUUCGAAAUUUAUUAUACAAUCAUGACUUGGAUCCCCGUUAUAUGGAGCCUGAAAUAAAAGCACGCUUGGCUGCUCUUUACUUGCCUCUCAUAGGAAUUGUUAUCGAAGCUCUGCCUCAGCUUCAUGAUCCUAACAUGAAUAGUCGUUCCCGUGAUUAUUUAGAUGGUGAAAACGACCGCAUUAACCAACGUGUUGCCAUGGCCAUUGCUGGACAAAGUGUUUAUGAAAGAGUCUCUGGAAUGGGCUUUGAACCUCCUGAUGGUGGAACAAAGACCAGGAAAUGUAUGCUGAAUGCUGAAGCCACUCGCAAUCUCCUGAUUUGCUUUCUCUGGUUACUUAAGAAUGCAGACACGUCAGUCUUAAAGACAUGGUGUUUUCCUAUUAUCACACCUUAUUUCUUUUCCUGGUCAGGCUUUUUUUUUACCUCUCAUGAACAAAGUAUUUUAUAA